AUGAAGAAGAGCCAGUUUCAGUGGACUCCGGAAGCAGAGAGUGCGUUUCGCGAGAUGAAAGAUUGCCUCAUCAAACUGCCAACACUAACCGCACCAAACAAAGGAGAACCUCUGGUACUUUACCUAUCAGCUUCCGAUAGGGCAGUCGGAGCAGUGUUACUUGUCGAUCUUCAAGGUAUCCAGACACCAGUCUACUAUGUGUCACGAACCUUGACCGAUCCAGAAACCCGGUAUGCCAUCAUGGAGAAGCUAGUCCUUGCACUGAUUCACGCUUCAAGACGGCUGCGCAGAUACUUUGCCAAUCAUGUCAUCCAUGUGCUAACAAACUACAACAUUGGCAACAUCCUCGCAAGGCCAGAAAUAUCAGGAAGACUAGCCAAAUGGGCGAUAGAACUGGGAGGUCACAAUGUGGUUUUCAGACCACGACCAUCAAUCAAAGGCCAUGUUUUGGCAGAUUUUAUGACAGAAGUUCCAGAUGACAAAGAUAGAGAAUCUAAAGCAACGGAAAAAGCUGAGAAAAAGCAAACAGAGGAACCAUGGCUGUUAUACACCUACGGCGCGUCUAACAAAAACGGAGCAGGCGCAGGGCUAAGGCUGGUAAGCCCCGACAAACACGAAUUCACGUACGCCAUAUGCCUAGAUUUUAAAAGCAUAAACAACGAAGCCGAGUAUGAAGCUUUCCUGGCAGGCUUACGGUUGGCAAUCAAAAUGGGGGUCCGACACAUCGAAGCACAUGUGGACUCCAUGCUAGUAGCAGGGAAAAUCAACGGCCAGUACGAAGCCAAGGGAGAUAUAAUGGAUGUGCGCAUAAAAGUUUUGAGCAACCCAUCCGUUCCACUCAGAGAAGUAAGCGUCGUCCAAACAGGGACAACCUCUUGGAUGACCCCAAUAAUCAUGUACCUUCAGUCUGGGACCCUCCCGGAAAACAAAGCAGAAGCAAGAAAAAUCCAAUACAAGGCCGAGCACUAUCAAAUGGCCGACAGAAUUUUAUACAGAAAGUCAUACCUAGGCCCGUUGCUAAGAUGCGUAGACGCCGAAGAUGCAAACUACCUAAUUCGGGAAGUUCACGAAGGGAUUUGUGGUAUUCAUGUCGGGCCUCGAAUGGUGGUGGCAAAAGUGAUGAAAGCCGGGUACUACUGGCCCGGAAUGCAUUUAGACGCUGUAAAAGAGUUGAGGAAGUGCAGUGGAUGCCAAAGGCACGCGCCCAAGACCAUGCGCCCCAAAAAUCAACUAGUACCAGUCACAACUGCAUGGCCCUUUCAACAAUGGGGCAUAGACAUGGUAGGUCCCUUCCCGGAAGCACCAGGGGCAGUCAAGUUCAUAAUAGUCGCAGUCGACUAUUUCACCAAGUGGGUAGAAGCAAAGGCACCUGCAUCCACUACGUCAACAGUUGUCAAGAGAUUCAUAUGGGAGCAAAUCAUAUGCCGUUUCGGCCUACCCCUCAGAAUCAUCACCGACAAUGGGACGAACUUUGCAGCAGACGACCUCGAACGAUGGUUCAAAGAAUUACACAUCGAACACACCUUCUCUUCGGUUGCGCACCCGCAAGGGAACGGUCAAGUAGAGGCAGUCAACAAAAGUAUCGUCGAUGGUAUCAAGACAAGGCUAGGUGAGAAAAGAAGAGGAAAAGCCCGGAAAACUGGCCCCAAAUGGGAAGGCCCAUACGUCAUCGAUGCAGUACUCGGCAAGGGAGCCUACAAACUACGCACCAUCAAUGACAAAGAGGUUCCACGAACCUGGAACGCUCAGCAACUUCGAAAGUGCUACAUGUAA